CCCCUCCAGGCUCCCUAGUGAAGUGAAGAGGACUAUGCGUGGAUGACGCAUGUAUUGAUAUGUAUUCAACCAACAUUUGAUAUCUAUUUGUUGAUUGUCCUUGAUUUUACCGUAUCUUCUUGGAAAACCCGCCAGUUGACUUUGUAACAGUAUUCAGUGAUACCUAUAUCCGAAGCAAAGCAUGGCUGACCCCCGCAUCAAGACGAUAAAAAUAAAGACGGGAGUUGUGCGACGCAUUGCCAAGGAGAAGGUGAUGUACGAGAAGGAAGCAGAGGAACAGAGAGGACGUAUUCAGAAGUUUAAGGACGAAGGAAAAGAUGAACAUGAUAUCAGAAAACAAGAAGAAGUUCUUUUGGAGUCGCUUAUGAUGGUUCCAGAUUGCCAACGCCGCUUAUUAAAAGCAUACCAAGACCUGAAAAACAUUUUAGAAACUGAAUCAGAAUUGAAAGGACUCGAGGAAUUCAAGGCAGCAGAGAAAGUGCUAGAGGAAGCAGCACCUCAACUUCCUGAGUCUUCCCUUGCUCAUUGUUGUUGAUAUAUUCCGGAUCACAUCUGCCUUUUCUUUAUUUUCUAAAUCUUAAAUCUAAUCAUCUCAUUAUUCUAAACUCUUUGAAUUUGUUUAAUUGAUUGUGUAGGCGAUGUACCUGGAACUGGCUGUUGCUUUGUUUGCUCUGUUUCUUAUUUUUCUAAUAAUAGUGAUCCUGAGGUGUCGUAAUGAAGCUUCAGGAACUGUGAUGAGGCCUCGAUCAGGGCACUCAGAUCCUUAUCAUGGGGUUGCGACUCAUAUCAACAUUAAGAUAAAUCCAUUCUAUGCUCCAGCAAGAAUGCAAGUGUAGUCGCACGUCUCGAUUUAUCUUUUAAUAUAUAUGAAGUGUAUUUUUAUGAAAAUUAAAGUGAAAAGUGCAAGUA